UUCCGGUGUCUCAGUUAAGUUCGCUGCUUGGGCUCCAUGGCUGCGUUAGGGAGGCAGGUUCCUAGCUGGCACCAUCUAAUGGCCCUCUCCUGGACCUGUUUGGCUCGGCAGACCCCUUGUCUUAGAGAACUAAAAAAGAUGAGUCCUUCUUUGUUGUGCAAACAACUGAUUACAGUAUCCAAUGGAGGGAACCUUCAAGAGCUGCCCAGUGUUAGGCCUAAAAAGCAUGUGCAGGAACCAGAGUGCAGGACACAUCUUGUUCAGUGUGUUCAUGAGGAGCAGAGGACUUGUGUGGAGCUUGAAAAGGUCAUCCGUUCCCUCCUGGACAUGGGUUUUGAUGAAGCCCAUAUUAAUGCCUUGCUCAGUAUACAGCCAAAUGUCCAUCCUCAACAGCUGCUGAACAUAAUUUCAGAAUUUCUGCUCUUGGGUUUGAACCCAGAGCCUGUAUUUAUUGCCUUGAAGAAAAGUCCCCAGUUACUGAAACUGUCUACAAUGCAAAUGAGGAGGCGUUCCAGUUACCUUCAGAAGCUUGGCCUUGGAGAAGGGAAACUGAGGAGAGUGCUUCACAGUUGCCCUGAGGUUUUCACCAUGCGUCAGCGGGACAUUGACAGUGUUGUGAAGGUCCUCAAGGAGAAGUGCUUGUUCACAGUACAGCAGAUCACUGAAAUUUUACACAGGUGCCCAAGUGUUUUUCAGGAGGACCCCAGUGAACUAGAAUAUAAAUUCCAGUAUGCAUAUUUUAGGAUGGGACUUAAGCAUCUGGACAUUGUCAGGACUGAUUUUUUACAGUACUCAAUAACCAAGAUCAAGCAGAGACACAUUUACCUGGAGCGCCUUGGACGGUACCAAACCCCUGAUAAAAAGGGACAGACACAGAUUCCUAAUCCUUCAGUAAAGAUCAUUCUCAGAGUUUCUGAAGCUGAGUUUUUGGCCAAGACAGCGUGCUCCUCUGCUGAGGAGUUUGAAGUUUUUAAAAAGCUGUUGGAUCGAGAAGAAGAGGUGUCUGAGAGCCAUGCAUCUGAGGAGGAGGAGGAAGAGGAAGAAGAUGAAGAGCUGCUAUGAUGGAGGACUGAGAUGAAGAGGGUGCAGGGAUGCCAGAGGUCAUUCUUACUCUCCCAAAGUUUGGGGAGCUUCACCUGGUUCUUGUCAAGCACUUUUAGUCCUAACACUGGACUUUUGAUGAAAAAACAAACAAACAAAAAAACACAACAAUUUUAUCAUCUACUGGAGAUGUAGGUACAUCAAACUAAAUAAGGGAUUCUUUGUUGUGCUCUAUUGGAUUCUGUGGGAGGCCCUAUUCUAUCCUAAAGGACUCAGCUGUUAAAAUCCAGGGGAUACAACAAGUUUGGUGUCUUUUUCUCUGUUGAAAUAUGUUGAUGCUAAUUCUAGAACUAUGUAGAGAAAAAGGUGCCUUCUGGCUCAGGAACUACUUUGUAUUUCCUUGUAAUAAAGAUAAAAUCAAGAAAAUGUUAA